UAAACACACACUCACACACACACACACACACACACAUAUAAAGGCAGUGGUGUAGCUGAGACAGGAAGUAACCUUGAUAAUGUAAAGCGGCUGUUGGUCUUUCUGUUGAGUGUGAUGAGGAGGAGGAUGAAGGUGAAGAUGGCCUCCGUCUCCAGCGUCUCUCUCCUGCUGCUCUGCUGCUCCGCCAUCUCCUCCGCAGGUUCCAAGGAAACGUGCGACUUGUACGCCGCGACCGGCGCCGACUUCACGGUGCCGGUGGUCGCCGCGGUGCACCGGAUGGACACCCUGAUAUGGAAGCACGACGGAGAGUUGAUCUUCUCUCGGAGAAAGGAAAGCACCUUUUUGAAGGGCCGAAAGGAGGACGUUUCUGAAGACGGGUCCCUGAAGCUGACUAACGUGCAGAAGAGCCACGAGGGGAGUUACGUCUCCGAAGUGUUUGACACGGACGGCAAGAAAAAAGGGCCUUUUGAAGCCAAGCAUUUAUGCGUAAUGCACGGAGUCCCGACGCCUUCGGUGACGUCCACGUGCAAUGCGUCCUCAAAAGUCACGUUCACCUGCAAAGUUACACCGAAGGACAAGGACCUCCGAUUCGCGUGGCUUCAGAACGACAAGGUGCUGGAAAAGGAGAAAGGUCCGAUUCUGACCACGUCGCUCGAUCUCGUGAAAACGGAUCCCAUCAGCUGCAAAGUGUCCAACCUCGCCAGCUCCGUGACCAGCGCACCCGUCACGCACGACUGCAAGGCCAACACGUCCUUUUUACCCGAAACACUAUUGGGAAUUAAUACCUGGAUUUUUGUGGGCACCGGAGGAGGCGUCGUUCUGGUGCUGAUCGUCGUCGUCGUCGUUUGCUGCGUCUGCACCAAGCGGAGGAAACGCUUGCGACUGAAGGGUGACGUGUUAUUUAUUGUUGCUUUAACGUGCGGAAAAAUUAAUCUCGACGUAUAUUUGUGUUUUAUUUAUUGCGAUUGCGCGUUUAUUUUUCUUACUCCGCAGAAGAGGGGGAGCUUCGCUUGGCGUGGACCAAUGACGAGGAGCCACAUUGUCAUCCUCCAGGUCAACACCCUCAUCAUCUUCAUCAGCACCCCCAGCAGCCGGCCGGCCACACCGGGCCUCGCCAGCAUCGUCACAGAGCCCCCGACCACGCCAACGCCGACGCUCGCCCUCAGCCCAGCCCCCGAAGAUCUGCACAGGCCACGAGACCACCCGGUAAGAUUGACGAAGAGCAGCCGCCUCCUCUUCCUCAGCCCAGGAAAAACACUGCCAAGACGCCACGAGUGUGACAGCGCGUGAGCGUAGAAAAGUGUCAUGUUUCUUAUUUUUCUAGAAUCCUCUAUUGAUGUUUUAUGUUAAUUCCUUUUAGACUUCGACAGGAAAAGUUUGAUUUUAAUCGGUUGAUAAUCAUAUUUCAGUUUAUUAUGCCUAUUUGUAUAAUAUUGUGUAACUUUUGCUUUUUUUUAAGUCAUCAAAAAUAUUAUAAUUCCACUUUAACUAGUACAUUGUCUUUAAAUUCUCACGAUAUCAAACCAAUUAAGUAUAUUAAUUAUCGGUGAUAAAAUAAUACUUUUGCUGGGGAAGAUCACGAGGUUGCAGAAAGCUCGUAAUUCAAAGAUGCCUCUUAUGUUUAUUUAUUCAGCAUCUCACAUCAGGUUGUAGUUAUUGUUUUCUUCCUCCAUGAUUUUAUUCUCAGACUGCAUAGAAAAAAAAUAUUUUUGUUUGUAUUUGUGUGAAUAAAAGGUAAUUUAUUACCAGAUAAGGUCACAUUUUCUUCACCUGACAAAGUAUAUAAUAAUGAAUCAUUAAUGCUUUAUUUUUUGGAAGCUACAGGUUUGGCUCAUGCAAGGACAGACAUUAACCUCAUCAUAAUGUGAAUAAAUGUAAUUUACAAGGAAACAUAUGAUAUUAGCAUAUUCAAACUAUCUUCUUUUAAUGUAAAAAAAAUUAAUCUGUAAACUGCAUGCGGUGAAAUAAAUUGUGUCAAUUAUGA